GCCCCGGCUAUGACGUUGCGGUUGUUCCUCUCUCGUAUCUAUUUUGACGAUUCACUUCGGCGCUCGCUCGUUCCGGUGCUAACAUCUAACGGAUUAUGUUGCAACCACAAUGUUUUCGUAACUAACCAAAUCUUGGAUUUACGUUCGAUCGUCCACCACCGAUCGAGGGAAAGUCACUAGUCACUAAUCUAUACACACAUACACAUAUGUAAUUUAGGUACUACACAUAGUCGCAACUACGACGUGUUCUUAUUUGUUCUAAUUGAAAUAUCAUUUUUUCUUGAGUUACACAGUUACAAAGGGGCAAUUAUUAUUUGCUACGCGAAAUCGUACUGACUUGCUGGUUUACGGGAUGCUUUAGUUCUUAAAUAUUACUAAUUCUUCCCUUGUGCUUGCUUGACGAACAGAUAUAAUUGUCGUUACAGUUUCAUAGCACGAACAUUCUUUGCUCGAAAUGUCUUGGCUAUUCGGAAGGAAGAAGGAUCAAAAGGAACCGUCGUUAGAACCUACAGAGGAGGAACAAACUUCCAGAGAGGAUGAAGGAUAUGUAUUUGUUGAAAAAAGGCCUGCACCACCGGUCCCUCCGCGCGUUGGACAAACUGCGACUGAAUUCCCUACUGGCGAUUAUAUCUCUUCAAUUUCGGGAUAUUCCUCGCUGUCUAUACACUCUUCGAAUAAUCAAGGGGAAAGUACUCACUAUUUGAACGACGUACCAUUUAAAUUGUGCAAACAGUUGGAAAGCAGUAUGAAGAAUGACUUUGAGAUAGAUAGACUUAGAAUAGGUGAAAUCUUAUCAUUUAUAGAAAGAAUACAGACCGAUAGUUACAAUUACAACUUUUCUCUGGAAGAAGGGGUUAUAGCGGAGAUGAAUAGUAGCAAUGGGCAGUGAUGCCUUUGCAUAGAGAAAUGCAACUUGUAGACGAGAUUCAAUGAGUUUUGUACACAUGGAAUGUUCGAUGAGUGGUUUUUAUGGCAACAUUUGAGAUUGAAAAGCUCCAACAAACGAAUAACAUAUACUCUUAACGAAAGAGUAUUUAUUUAAUUGUGUAAAGGAACGAGCGCACCUUUACACGGCUGCCGACGUAGAAUAUUGAUUUGUUGGUAAUUGUAAGAUUAUGUUGUACUGUAAGUCUCAAUGUUAUGUGUAUAAUUCUCGUACGAUAUAUAGCGUGAUCUUAAAAUCAAUCGGGCGUGAACGUGAACAUGUUCCUAGGGUUGGAACAGCGGUUUCCGAAAUGCAAAACUCGAAUGUUCGGCGGCGCACAAUGUAAAUUCAAAUCCAACAUA